CAAUAAUAAAAAAUAAAACCAAUUUUGCUUUCCUGCGACUUCGAGCAACUCUCAGUGGCCUGCGAGGAACUCCAUGGCGCACGAUUCCAAGGAGAUCGAUGAACCUGCGCCGGCAAAGCUGAAGCUCUACAACUACUGGCGGAGCUCGUGCUCUCAGCGUGUCCGCAUCGUUCUCAAUCUCAAAGGCUUGGAUUAUGAGUACAAGGCAGUGAAUCUUAUGAAAGGUGAACACUUUCACCCAGAAUAUGAGAAGCUGAAUCCAAUUCAUUUUGUGCCGACGUUGGUGGACGGAGACAUUGUAGUUGGUGAUUCUUAUGCUGUUAUUCUUUAUUUGGAGGAUAAGUACCCUCAACAUCCGUUGCUCCCCAAGGAUCUUAAGAAGAAGGCUCUCAAUCUUCAGGUAGCAAGCAUUGUCAGCUCAAGUAUUCAGCCCUUCCACGGUGUCCCUCGCCUAAGCUUUGUUGAAGCUAAAUUUAAUGAUGAUGAGAGGCUUAAGUGGACUCAACAUUAUCUUGGAAAAGGCUUUACUGCUCUGGAGAAGCUCUUAAAAGAUGUUCCAGGGAAAUAUGCUACAGGAGAUGAAGUCCUACUGGCGGACGUGUUUUUGGUUCCACAAGUUCAUGCAGCUAUAACACGAUUCGGGAUUGACAUGACUGCUUAUCCUAGACUCUCCAGAGCUUUUGCUGCAUUAUGUGAGCUUCCUGCAUUCCAAGAUGCUCUUCCAGAAAGGCAACCUGAUUGCCCUUCUACAGCUUAAUACUCAUUGUAAUUUGUUUUGUGGCUUUAAAAAUAAAUAAUCAGAAUUUCAAACAAUACUCCAUCUUCAUCGAGUUCAGUUUGAACUUCGCCGCAAUUCGGUUUGUAUUGUCAAAAGAAAAAAAAAUAAUCAGCAUGACAAACAAUAUUAUGCCUUUGUUUGGAUUAGCUUAAUAAAAGAGUGUUUUUUUUAGUUUGGUAGAA